AUGUAGAAAAUCUUAUCUUUGCUUACAACAGCAUUGUUAUUGAGUGGCUUGACCUUUUACUCGUAAAAUGAGGAACCUCACUCCUUUAAAACUUGGUAGAAGAAAUAUAACAAGUUCUAUUCUUCAAGUGAAGAAGCAUAUAGAUAGAUAAUAUUCAAUCAAAAUGUUGAAUUAAUCAAUGAACAUAACUCAAAUCCCAACAAAAGUUAUACCAUGGGAAUCAAUUAAUUUGUUGAUUUAACUGAUGAAGAAUUCUAAUCUAUGUAUUUGGGAAAACCAACUUUUGUCAAAAUUGAUAAUAUUGAAUUAAGCGCUGGAAAUAACUUAGGAGAAGCUGAUUGGUCUAGCAAAAUGAAUCCAAUCAAAAAUUAAGGUAAUUGUGGAUCAUGUUGGACUUUCUCUGCUAUUGGCGCAGUUGAAGGUUUCUUGGCUAUAAGAAAAGGCUUCAAAGGAGUAUUGUCUGAAUAAUAAUUGGUGGAUUGUGCUAUUGAUGCAGGAGAAGGAUGCAACGGAGGAAAUUCAGACUUGGCAUUAGAUUACAUUGCUGAAGUUGGUUCUGUUUAUGAAAGAGAUUAUGAAUAUGUAAAUCAUAUAAAAUAUAUUAUAGACUGCGAAAGAUGGAGUUUGUAAGGUUAAAUAGGGAAAGGUUAGAAUAUCGGGAAGAUAAAACUAUGGUCCAAAUGAAGAUGCUAUCAAAAAGGGAAUCUAAAAUUAUCCAUUAUCUGUGAGUGUUGACGCCACUUUUUGGAAAUUCUAUAGUAAAGGAGUAUAUGAUGGAGCAUGUAGAGAUGAUUUCCAUAAUCAUGCUGUUGUGGCUGUUGGAUUUGACGAUGCAGGAAACUGGAAGAUAAGAAACUCAUGGGGAGAAGGUUGGGGAGAAUAGGGUCACAUUUGGUUGAAACCAGGAAAUUCUUGUGCCGUAAUGACCAGAGUCGAUGGAGCCAUUUGA